AUCUGCAAGACUUUUUGAUUUGCAUCCUCUGGUGUACCUGCUCAUUGUCCAGCAAUACUACUAUCCAGUCUUUUCUUGUAUGGCCUGAACAACCGAUAGUCUGCUAGUCUCAGAGCCAUUUCCUCUUCCCUGCUCUGCACUUUUUCUCGAAGUCCACGGCCAUGUCGAAAAGAAAACGAGAUACAAAUUCAAAUACCACCAAACCCACGACAAAUGGAGAUAUUGAGACCUCCAAAGUAGCAAAGACCAACGGCCACGUUGACGUCAAGACCACGCAUCCCGUUAUCCAGAUCAUAGCAGGCUCCUAUGAACGAGUACUGCAUGGCAUUACGGCAUCCGUAUCAAAUUUAUCGUCAUCCGACUCAUCACCAUCUGUGCAAUUUACAGAUACGUUCCUCUUCAACGCUCACGCUUCGGCGGUACGAUGCCUAGCGCUCUCACCGCUCCCAGAGCCUGGCUCGUCUGAGGCUCAAGGCGUGUAUCUCGCGACUGGUGGGUCUGACGAGAAGAUCAACGUGUACAGCCUUGCAGUGUCACCCGUGUCUGAGAACGACAAAGUGCCAUCUAUGCCCUCCUUGGGGGGCAACACGAUAUCAGAGAACCCAGCGAACAGAGAGCUAGGAACCCUUCUUCAGCAUUCAUCAAAUAUUACCUCGCUGUACUUUCCUACGAGGUCGAAACUUCUUGCCAGCUCGGAAGACAACACCAUCUCCAUCACCAGACUACGGGAUCUCGAAGUCGUCUCGACGAUCAAGGCACCGCGGCCAACAGUGCACGGUCAACCAAGCGGGGACACUGCUCCCCCUGGUGCAACACCAACCGGCAUUAACGACUUCGCAGUCCACCCGAGUCUCAAGUUGAUGGUCAGCGUGGGUCGCGGCGAGAGAUGCAUGCGUCUAUGGAACCUUGUGACGGGCAAGAAAGCUGGCGUGCUCAAUUUCAGCCGAGAUAUUCUGCAGAGUGUAAAAGAGGGCAAGUACAGCACUGGCGAAGGGCGACGCAUACGAUGGAAUCCGGAUGGAAGCGAGUUUGCCGUGUUGUUUGAACGUGGUGCCGUUGUUUUCGGCGAGGACUCGAAACCAAAAUGCAAGGUGCUGCCUCAGCCGCUUACGAAACUGCAUCAGAUGUGCUAUCUGCCACUGUCAGACAGUUCGGAUAAGGAAGUGACGCUGUUGGCUGUAUCGACGGAGGACGGACGGAUACUAUUCUACGAUAGUGGAAAACACUCAGACACGACACAUGUCGCCAGCACGAGCGAUGCAGUGAUCCCCGAGGGCACUCUUCGAGCCUCGGUAGGCGGGAAGUCUGUCGGUAUCAGCACUCGCAUCAAAGAUUUUGAGAUUCUCUUCCUGCCUGCUGCAUCGGCGGAAAGUCCUGACCUGGCCAUAGCCACCGCGAGCAGCGAUGGCACAGUUCGGCUGUUCUCCCUAGCGACUACAGAUCUAUUGCAAGCAGUCCCGAGCGGGAAACCCGCCCAGCUAGGCAAAAUGAUCGGGUCCUAUGGAACAGGCAAUAGGAUUACCUGCAUGAAGGCCUUUGUAAUGCAACCACCACAUGAUAGUGAGGAUGACCUACGGGACGAUGAGGAUGCAUUCGAGGGCUUUGAUAGUACAACUGAUGAGAGUGCCGAGGAUAGUGAUUAGAAGAUAGUGCCAGAGGUAGUAUGGAGGCAGUCAAAGUAAGCUCAAU